AGUUGUUAUCGAUCAAAGGAAACAUGUGCAUCCGACACACAUUGAUGGGUGAAUGUCCACGAUUUAAUAAUAUCUAGCUAGUAGUACAUUAUGGAUGCGUCAAAGUGAUGAACUGUAGUGAAUUAACUGUGAAUAAGCCCCAGUGAAGUCCGUUAAAGUCCGUUAAAGAUCAGUGUUCCUUCGUUUAAUAUAAUAUUAUUACUAACUGUCUAACAAACGCGUUAAUCAAUGAUCGGUAAAACAAUGAAAGACCGCCGAGUAUGAUAUUAUCGUUUCAGUCGCACACGAAUUGAUUUCAGUCGAUUUUGAACGGUGUUGAUGACAUUUUUUGUUUUGUUUUUUAAAUUCGUUUCGUUCUAAUGGCCAGUGGUUCGUCUUCCGGCGGCACCCAAAGCCCUAAGAGGAAAAACAGCAAAUCCAGUAGAGCUACCAGAAACCAACCGACCUUAAAUGGAUCAAAUACAAGUCAAUCCAGAAGUAUGACCCACGCGAAUACGGAACACACCAAAACGGUACCAUUGGCACCUCCUUCCACUCAGGAGCCAUGGACACUGAAAAAUCCAAUUCCCUUAGUAUUAGAAAUACUUAUCAUCGUUCAAAUGUUCUUCGUGACGUUGUUUUUCAAGACGUUCAGAGUGUUUCUGCCAAAGUCAAAAAAAUCUGUCAAGGGAAACGUUGUAAUGAUCACGGGCUCGGGCAGAGGCCUUGGUCGUGAACUGGCCCUAAUGUUCGCCCAUCUCGGGGCCAAAGUGGCGUGCGUCGACGUGGACCAGGCGAGCAACGAAGAGACCGUCAGGCUGAUCGAGUCCAAGCAACCGGGUGCGUUGGCCAAGGCAUACACGGUCAACGUGGCAGUCAGCUCCGAAACAGCCGCACUGGCCGUCAAGGUGGAACUCGACCUAGGUCCGGUGGACGUGCUCAUCAACAACGCGGCCGUCAUCGUCGGCCACACGUUCUUGGGAGCCCAGGACCACACGAUUUCCACCAUCAUCAACAUAAACCUGCUCGGACACUUUUGGAUGAUACGAUCGUUCUUGCCGAGUAUGAUGAAGAGGAACAGCGGUCACAUUGUAGCGAUUUCUUCGAUUUCGUCUCUCAGUGGCGAGGCCAAACUAUCGGCUUACUCCGCCAGCAAGUGGGGUGUUAAUGGAAUGAUGGAAAGUCUCAGAGAGGAACUCCGGGACCAUUCGCACAACAAAAUCCAUACCACUGUUGUGAUACCGCGACUUAUUAACACGAGUGCUGAUUAUAUGAAAUCAAUCAACAGCAGGUUGCCGGUGUUAAGUGUGGAAACUGCCGCUAAAGCAACAGUCCACGGGAUUUUGACGAAUGAAGUUGAAUUCACUAUUCCUCAUAUAACAUAUUUCACCAACAUUCUACGGAAACUUUUCCCCGUCAACAUUUCGGAUUCGAUAAAAAAUAUUUUCUACGUAAAAAUCCUGUUGCCACCACAAGAAGACCAGGACAAUCUCCCCAAUAUGUCAAUCAUUAAUCGUACUGUAGCUGCCAACUAAAAACAACAUUUGUAUAAUGUGAUUGUCCUUUAAAUUAUUUAUUUAAAAAUAAUAUUGUAUGCUGUAUGCGUAACGGUAAUUAGAAAAUAAUUAUCGCCAAACUUAGGUACUUUGAAGUUCUAGCAGGUACCGUAUAAUUUUUUUAACGUUUUCGUUUUAGUUAUAUACUAAAUUUUACUGAUAUUUGUACAAUUUUAAAGUUAAGACUAUCAUAUUAUGGGUAAAUUAUAUCAUAUUUUAUUUCUAUUUUGUUAUUAUUAAUACGAAUGGGUAAUUUUAAGUCUUUCAAAAAUGUCAAAAUUUGUACGUGUUUAUUUAUCAUUAAAUUCAAAGAAAAUA